AUGAGCUUCGAUGAAAUCGAAGAGAUCUUCAAGCUGCUGGACUACGAGCGGCGGGGUCGCGUGGAGCUGAAGCGGCUGGCCGCAUCCUGCUUGGAGCUCGUGGGCGGGGCCAAGCGGAGAGACAUCGCCCAGGUGGAGGUCACCAUUGGGUCGCUCGCGCAGCACCUCGACUCGCUGGAUUCGAAAUUCUCAAGAAUCGAGUCCGAGGUGCAGGGCCUCACGAGCAUGGCGGAGGAGUUCGUGCAGACGACCGUGCGCCUGCUCACUGGCUUCGACGGAAACGAGAAGCCAGCGGUGGCGGGCGCGUCGGGGCGCUGA